CUCCAGAGCCUGCUGCUUCAGCUUCUGCAGCUCCCUAGUGGUCCCGCAGCUGCGGCCGCCGCCUUCUUCCCCCAUGAUGGAGAGUGUUGGCGUGUACGGAUUCUGUGGGUGUACAGCAAAGAGCAAAAUGAAGUGUGAUUCAAGGCGGGAAGCAACUGCUUCAGAAACGGCCCCCACGUCUGCAUAUUCAUCUCCAGCCCGGAGUCUGGGGGACACAGGAAUCACGCCUCUGUCCCCUUCCCAUAUCGCGAACGAUGCUGACCCGAAUGUGUCAGAGCAGCAGACGUUUCUCGUGGUGGUGGCCAUCGACUUUGGGACCACGUCUAGCGGCUAUGCCUACAGCUUCACCAAGGAGCCGGAGUGCAUCCACGUGAUGAGACGGUCCCAUAACCUUUGCCUUUCCUUGGUGUCAGGCGGAUGGGAAGGUGGAGACCCUGGGGUGUCCAACCAGAAGACUCCGACCACCAUCUUGCUGACCCCCGAGAGGAAGUUCCACAGUUUUGGGUAUGCCGCCAGGGACUUUUACCACGACCUGGAUCCCAACGAGGCCAAGCAGUGGCUGUACCUGGAGAAGUUCAAGAUGAAGCUGCAUACCACUGGGGACCUCACCAUGGAUACAGACCUGACGGCAGCCAACGGCAAGAAAGUCAAAGCCUUGGAAAUCUUUGUUUAUGCCCUGCAGUACUUUAAGGAGCAGGCACUGAAGGAGCUGAGCGACCAGGCGGGUUCGGAGUUCGAGAACUCUGAUGUCAGAUGGGUCAUCACGGUGCCUGCUAUCUGGAAACAGCCUGCCAAGCAGUUCAUGAGACAAGCUGCCUACCAGGCAGGCCUGGCCUCCCCUGAGAACUCGGAGCAGCUCAUCAUCGCCUUGGAGCCAGAGGCGGCCUCCAUCUACUGCCGGAAGCUGCGGCUGUACCAGAUGAUUGAGCUGAGCAGCAAGGCCGCGGUCAAUGGGUACAGCUCCAGUGACACAGUAGGAGCUGGGUUUGCACAGGCUAAGGAACACAUACGGCGUAAUCGGCAGAGUCGGACCUUUUUGGUGGAGAAUGUCAUAGGAGAGAUCUGGUCCGAGCUGGAGGAAGGUGACAAGUACGUGGUUGUGGACAGUGGCGGUGGCACUGUAGACCUGACAGUCCAUCAGAUAUGGUUACCGGAGGGACACCUAAAAGAACUGUAUAAAGCAACAGGCGGACCCUACGGAUCCCUAGGAGUAGAUUACGAAUUCGAGAAACUUCUGUGUAAAAUAUUCGGAGAGGAUUUUAUCGAACAAUUCAAAAUCAAGCGUCCCGCGGCCUGGGUUGACUUAACGAUUGCGUUUGAGUCUCGCAAAAGGGCGGCUGCCCCGGACCGAACUAACCCGCUGAACAUCACCCUGCCCUUCUCCUUCAUCGACUACUACAAGAAGUUCCGUGGGCACAGCGUGGAGCAUGCCCUGAGGAAGAGCAAUGUGGAUUUUGUGAAGUGGUCCUCACAGGGGAUGCUGAGGAUGAGUCCGGACGCCAUGAACGCCCUUUUCAAGCCGACCAUCGACAGCAUCAUUGAGCAUCUCCGGGACCUGUUUCAGAAGCCCGAGGUGUCCACCGUCAAGUUCCUCUUCCUGGUGGGCGGCUUUGCGGAGGCGCCCCUCCUGCAGCAGGCAGUACAGGCUGCCUUCGGCGACAAGUGCCGCAUUAUCAUCCCUCAGGACGUGGGCCUCACCAUCCUCAAGGGCGCCGUGCUCUUUGGCCUGGACCCCGCCGUCAUCAAGGUGCGCCGGUCCCCGCUCACCUACGGGGUGGGCGUGCUGAACCGCUACGUGGAGGGCAAGCACCCGCCCGAGAAGCUGCUGGUGAAGGACGGCACUCGCUGGUGCACCGAUGUCUUUGACAAGUUCAUCUCUGCCGACCAGUCCGUGGCCCUGGGUGAGCUGGUCAAGCGCAGCUACACCCCGGCUAAGCCCUCUCAGCUGGUCAUUGUCAUCAACAUCUACAGCUCUGAGCGCGACAGCGUGAGCUUCAUCACCGACCCCGGGGUGAAGAAGUGUGGCACGCUCCGCCUGGAUCUCACCGGGACCAGCGGCGCCGCCGUGCCCGCCCGGAGGGAGAUCCAGACCCUCAUGCAGUUCGGGGACACCGAGAUCAAGGCCACUGCCGUCGACAUAGCCACCUCCAGGAGUGUCAAGGUUGGGAUCGACUUCUUGAAUUACUAACUGGCCUUCCCUGACGCCUGCCCCCUUGGACUCAGCUCGCCUGCAUCUGCCGACCUCAACCCUGACUGUCCUUCCCCUGCCCUUGACCCUGCUUUGCUCACCUGAAUUGCAGCAGGGAAGAUGAGACCAGGGCUAGAAAACUGGGAGUUUUGAGGGCACACCGGAGUCAGAAAAAACUGUCGGGAAAUGAAGAUUGAGGUUUGGGAAUAAGAAAUGCAAGGAUUUUAAAAGAGCAGCUGGUUUUCCUAGGUCCAAGUGGUGAAACACCCACCCAGCAAGGGAAUCUGUACGUUUCCACAGUGAUUGAGCUCGCUUUGAACACAUCUCCAUCGAGUAGAACUGAAGAUGCCCUGUUGCUGUCCUUCUAUUAAUAGAUUCGCAAUAUCUUUGAGCCAGGAGGAAAUUCUUCAUCUCUUUGAGGCUUUUCUUUUUACAUUUUUUGGAUGGCAGUCAAUAUAAAAAGCCAGCCAUCUGCAGCUGAUUUAUUUUCCUCGUCAUGUGAUUAAAAGUGGAGAUUCAGUGGGAAUUUGGAACGUUUUUAGCUGGUGGGAGAAGACUGCCUACACUGGGCACUAUUUUAGGCUGCCGUGAUUUAAAUUCCAAAUAGGUUCAGUGAAUAUCUGUAGCCUUGGCUGAUCCACUAGGAUUUGUGUGAGUGGGAGGGCUGGCACCUCAAUUUUUCCAGAGGUAAAAACUUGCUUCGAUGGAAAUGGAUAUGAAAGAGCUACUGAUAUAUCCCAAAUCAUAUGCUGUAUAAGUUUUGACAUCAGAAUGACAAAUCCUGAUUUCUGAAUUCAUAAGUAAUUCUGGUUAACCUCAAUAGGAAUUCUGUGUUUCGAGAAAAUGAGGUUGCAAUUUGCCUUGUUCACAUCACCAAGCCCAGGAGUCUGGGAACAGCCCCUCACCUUGAAAAACAUGCAUGUUUUAAAUUAACUCUUUUGCCCUGCUCACCUUCGUCCCCCUAAAAGUUUUGGCCAUUUAGUCCCACAUUUUGAAAGGAAAACAUGGUGAUACAUGGGCAGAGACGCUGUUCUAUAACAUGAUUCAUUCAAGCUUUCAGUUUUUAAAGCCUGUCCAAAAGGAAUUCAUAGCUCUAUACUUGGUCAAUUCAGCCAGCUUUUCAAAGCAGAUCUGCGGAUCGCCCAUAGGAGGGCACUUGCUAAAGACAGGUCCUGGAUCCUGUCCCGUUUACGAACUGAAGUCGCGUCUUGGAGAAGAGGACCAGAACCUGCAGUUUUCAGUAAACACCACAGGUGACUGUGGUGCGAUCGAAACUCCUAGCUUGAGGUUUUGUCUGAAGCUGACAGCAGACCAGAGCCUGCAGCCUCUGGUUGGGCUCCCUUAGGGAGCCGGCUCACAUGAAGAGUGAUGAUCCCACACUCGCCCUCUUGUGAGUGGGGCUGGGGCCUCACCUGGCUUGGGGAUGGUACUGUAACCCUCACAGGAAGGGCCUGGGGAGGAAGAAGAUUGGAAGAAAGCCACCCUAAGAAAGGGGCUGCCUGAGGAACCAGCUGGCUUGGUGUGCGUUCUCUCCUUCCUUCCCCACUUGCAAAGCCAGUUUUCUCCAACAUUCAGGCAACAACUGAGGAGAAAGAAUCAAGAAUCUGACUCACAGCCCAUCUGAUCUGUUCCAAGCUGUCUUUUCCACCUGCUGGAGUUCAUUCCAAUUUUAAACCACUGGAGGUCUGCUUAACGAACGAAGGGAGGAGGAGCAAACUAACUUCGAAUGCAAGUUGGAUUCACAAACCCAUUAUCACAGCCUAUGUGCAGAUUUUAAAUAGCAUUUCCAGUUUCGUUCUAACAUGUCUGCUUUUUCACCUCGCCUGCUGCCGAAUUACCUACUAGAAUGUGAAACACAACAAACCACAGAACUAGAAGACGCUGAUCACAUAACUUAGUCACAGGAUUUCUCAUCCAGGCACAAAGUUGUGUGUGCUAGGGUUCUCUUGCUGCCUGCUCUGCUUCAACGCUACACCUGAUGGGUCUUUCUUUGGUGUUGCUAGCCAUACUCUCUCUACGAAUAAGACUUCUCAAUUUAGUUAUAAUUUUAUGUACAUACAAUAUUAGAAUAUUGUACAGAAUCUUUAUUUCUACAAUGUGCUUUUCUUGUUAAAAAAGAAAGGAAAAAUGCUCUUUGAAUUUUGUUGGUGACAGAUCUGCCUUUAAUUUUUCAUGGUUUCAUUUCUUAAUUGUGCUUACUAAUCGUUGAGUACCGAUAUUAAGCUAUGGACUAUAUAUGCAAGACUGAGCAAUAGACAGAGGUGCCUAAGGUCAGAAUGCUCUGAACACAUGGACUGCCUGGAUCAGUGGCUUCAUCAGACCUUUCUACACACACAUCCUUCCCAGAGGUUCACAGUUUAUAUUUAAAGGAGCAUAAUAAUGUAUCGAUUCUCCUGUUCUGUCUGAGAGCUGAACGUCCUGGUUCUGGAAGCAUUGUGACUAUGCAGGAAAACCUACAAAAACUCUUUGCACCCCUGCAAGGUUGUCAGCCUCUCUUUGCAGGACAAAGCAGUCACUCUGAGGGCAAAGUGUGGUCUACCGUGUGUGAUGUUUUCAGUACACCAGGGUCAAAGGAGGGAAUCAGAUGGUGCACACAUCCAGCUUUUCUACUGGAUUGGGUGUAAGUGUGGGUAAUAGAGUCAAGUCCUUCUUUUGGGGCUAAUGUAACGCCUUUCCCACCUUGCAUUAAGGAUGUCUCCAUGUCUAUUUUCUUAAGGUGAGGUGGUUGAAAUCUGUACUGCUGGCAAACAGAUGAUCGAGGGGAGGUGAUAAUUUUACUGGACUUUCUUCUAGCCCCAGAGAUGCAGGCCCAAUAGUCAAACUCCUUUUAAAGGGAUUUCAAUGGAUCCCCCAAAUCUAUCCCUUCCCCCACCCCCUUGCUACGGAAAUAUUCUAGAACACUGGAUAAGUACCCUUAGACACAUUUUCUAGUCUUAGAAAGUUUCUAAAAGGCCUGUUGUUAGACACAUUACUCACUUGUCCCCGGCUUAUUAUCUGAUCAUGUUUCGUGGAAGCAGAACUGUCAAAGGAUUUUCUAUGUAACUGCCCUUUUUGUACACAGCAGGCAUUAAUAAAUGCUGAAUGCCAGCCAAGUUACAGACAGUCAAGAGACGGGAAAGAGGAGGAGACAUACAAGCAUUUGUGUCGAGUGAUGGCUAACAUGAGUACAGAUUACAGAUCCUGCCCUACCCCUAGAACGUUACUUAGAUCAAGUUUAGCUUUUAGAGUCCAGGUCUGGUUAAUUGCCAGGGUGGCAAAGAAUCGCAUGCACCAAUAUACACAGGAGUCAAAAUGCAUUAUUAGUCGACGAUCGAACUUCACGUUGUAGAGAUGAAAUAGCUGUGAUUAAGCUGCAUAUUUAUGCUGGGAAAUGGCUUACAUGGAUGACUAGUAUAAAAGUUGUUGGCCACAAUGUCACACCUCUCAUCUGCUUAGAAUAUGGAACUAUAUUCUAAAAUGGGUCUUGUUCACGACAAGAUAAAUUCAAACUUCACAGAACUUUGCAGCAGUUCACAACUUGACAAGAUUGUAUCUGCAAAUUCCGUCUUCACAGAUGUCUAAUAAAGCAAAACUCUGGAUCUUA